UAGAAAUGGAAGAAGAGAGAAAAUUAGAAGAAGUCGUUGGUGAGAAGAAAAACGAGAGAAUACAAGUAGCCGUCCGUUGACGACCAUUUUUAAAGAACGAUAUUUAACAGAGGGGAUCUAGGCCAACUCUCAAGUAGAUGGGAGCCUAAAGGAGAAAGAGGGGCCACCACUGUGUUCUGAGACCCAGAGAAAAAUACAAUCAAAGUGUCAGAUUUGACACAUGUUGUUGAAAGCCGAUAUGAUAAAAUAUUCGACCAAGAUUCUACACAACAUGAGGUGUUUGAUUUCAUGAAACCUGGGCUAAAUGACCUUCUUACAGGAAUAAAUUGAACUGUAUUUGCGUAUGGACAGACUGGCUCAGGGAAAACUCACACCAUGUUCGGCCCAAAGUGGGAGGAAUCUGUUGCUAGUCGUCUCUCUGGAGGGAUGAAGAAUGACUUCUUUAGUAAUAUUGACAACCACGGGAUUAUUCCUCGAACUAUCUCUCAUUUAUUUAGCACUGUGGACAUGAAAAAGCAUACGUUGUAUUGCUCUUUUAUUCAAAUUUAUAAUGAGAAGCUGUACGAUUUGUUGCAAGAUCCUGAAAUCGAGCAUCCUCUAGAUAUCAGAGAAGACAAAAAUGCAGGCAUUUUUGUUGAGGGUCUCACUGAGUAUGUCGUUGAGAAGGAUCGAGACUGCUUUAUCCUCCUUAAAAGAGGAGAAAGGAACAGAGUUACAAGGUCUACAUUUAUGAACGCUGCUUCCAGUCGUAGCCAUUCAAUAUUCCAGCUACUUCUGGAAUCGAAUAAAAUGGAUUCAGAUGGAAUGCUAAUGAGAGCUAAGUUAAAUCUAUGUGAUCUUGCUGGAUCAGAGAAGAUCAAUAAGGAAGAAAUAAUGAAUGAGCAACAUUUUGAGGAGUUGAAGACUAUUAAUCUAUCUCUAACUACACUGGGGAAGGUUAUAUCAGUUUUAGGUAAAAAGCAAUCUAAGAAGCAUAUUCCUUAUAGAGACUCUAAAAUCACGAGAUUUUUACAAGAUUCUCUCGGAGGUAGAACCAAAACCUUCCUCGUCGCAGCUGUGUCUCCUGGUGAGGACUGUGUUGAGGAGACUAUCAGCACACUCAAAUUUGCUGAUAGGGCCAAACAGGUCAUGGUGAGAGCGAAAGCGAAUACUUUUAAAGGUUCCGAUGAUGCUCUUGUGAAGAGACUUCAAAAGGAAAUCCUACACCUGAGAGAUAUUCUCAACAUUCGAAGGAAAGGAGGCCAAGGAGAGCUAGCAGAGCAGUUGAUGCAACUCAAGCAGGAGAAUUCAUUAUUGAAGGAGAGAAAUAUAGAUUUUAAAGAUGUAGAAAAACUUAUGCAAGAGAAUAAAUAUAUGAAAUUAGAGCUGCAGAAAUUUAUGUCAAAUACCAACACUAGUCAAAAUUUUAAUCAGAAUAAGAAUGAAGGAGAAGAUCCAACUGAUAAUGUAGGUUUUACUCAAUAUAAUACUCACCAACAAUGGAACGAGGAUGAAGAAGCUAAACCUUUGAGUAAUGGGAUAAGCCAUACCAAAAAGCCUUUAAAAAUGCAGCUUGAUCAAUCAGAUGCGAUAGGAAAGGAAAACAACAAUAACUUCGAGCAAUAUAGAUACUCUAGAUCUUCGUUUAGGCAAGGAAAUCAUUUCAGUCCCAGAGAAACUACAAACUCUGGGAAUGAUAUGUUCCCUAGCUUAGUCCCUAACGCACCGUUAUCAAAAAUGCUCGAAAAUAAAUUGACACCAAAGAAAUCACGUUCUAAUAACUCAACUAAUUUUAGUAACUUCCAGAUGGGGUCUGCUCACUUAAAGGAUCAUUUAUCAAAGAAAGGACGUUGUCCUCUUUGAACUUUGCCCCUGCCAUGCAAGCAUUAUAAUGAUAUCUCGGAACUUCCAAAAUUGCCUCCUUCAAAGUACGACUAUACUGUUCCAAAAGUGUCUGAAUCGAUGCCUCCAAUUUCAAAUACGAUGCGAGGCUCUACUCUGGAGAACCAGCAUUUUUCUGGGAAGGGUUCAGACAUGAGAACGACCUCUCCAGUAGGAAUCCCUGACAUAUUCAACCCCCAGUCGUACCCGCCUGGAGCGUUCUCUUCGAGGAGUAGUCAAAAAGUGUCUUCCUUCUUAAACACGCAGAUGAGCAAUGAGAAUUAAAAUUGAGUGAUAUAAAGAAAAGCGGCCUCAAAAAGACUUUGAAAUGUUUUUAUAGGCAGAGAAAAGGAGCAAGGGCUGAAUGCGAAUGUCCGUGUGAGAGGAAGAAGUAAUAUUGUUGAUACCAAACAAGGUAAUCUUCUCCAGAGUAUUCAAGAACAAAGAGAGGAGGAACAUCGUAAGAAAGAGCUGCAGCAAGCUAAGAAACGGAUCAAAACUCUGAACAAGCUCGAAGAUUUCAGACAAAAGAAAUUAGAGGAAGAAAUCUUCAAAUUGGAACAAGAACGCAGACUUAAGGAUAAGCAAAUCAGAAAGCAGAAGAGAAAGGAUGCCAAAAGACAUCAGUAUUUUGCCAGACAGAAAGCUAAGAUUGGUCAGUACCAGUUUGACAAAGCGGAGAAAUUUAUUGAGCAGAAAGAAAAGGAAGAGAAGAAGAGAAAGAUGGAGCAGAUGAAGUUCCUCAAGCGAAAAGAUGAUCUCAUAAAGCUAAAAGCUGAGAAUGGAAAGAACAAGGAGAAAGAAGCAGAACUAAAGGACCUAAUGAAAGAUGACCUCUUUGAAGAUACCUUUUUAGAUUAGA